AUGAGGUCAGCUUCUUCGAGCGCGGUUGUGGGAACAGAGCAGGCUUCAGAACUAAAGGAGCAAAUUUUUUGUCUGAUCUGUGGUUUUCUCUGUAAUCAGUGCUUGGGGGUUGCAUCCCUUACAAAUCAGGUUAUUUCUGAAAUUGUUGAAAGUUGCCGUGCACAUGACUACACAGAUGUUGUGUUGGUGCAUGAACAUCGUGGUAAACCUGAUGGUUUGAUUGUAUGCCACCUUCCAUAUGGACCAACAGCUUAUUUUCAACUAUGCAAUGUGGUUUCAAGACAUGACAUCAAGGACAAGAAAGCCAUGGGAACGGUGGCACAGGCUUAUCCACAUUUGAUAAUCAACAAUUUCACGACUAAGUUGGGUGAGCGGACUGCAAAUAUUUUAAAACAUCUUUUUCCAGUGCCAAAGCCAGAUACAAAACGCAUAAUCACUUUUUUGAAUGAGCAGGACUACAUUUCAUUCAGGCAUCAUAUUUAUGACGAGCCUGGAGGUCCUAAAUCCAUUGAGCUGAAGGAGAUCGGUCCGCGGUUUGAGUUGAAGCUUUUCAAGAUAAAAUUAGGAACAGUGGAUCAGAAUGAAGCCCAGAAUGAAUGGGUCCUCAAACCGUACAUGAACACAGCCAAGAAACAGAAAUUUAUAGGGAAUUGAUGCAUUUAGUUUUUAGUUAUAAUUUUGGUAACCA